AUGUUUUUAAGUGCCUUUUUUUUUAAAAAAAUAAAUACAACAACUCGCUACUAGAUGGGAAUGCCGCUGUGCUAUACUCGUUUACAAUUGAGUAUAUAAACUGCGACAACAGAAUUAAAUGCAUACAGGCAUAAAAAUAAAUUCUGAAUGUGUGUGAGUGCACUCUCAGUGUCGAUGGUGUCGUGACAGUCAAAAUAACGUUUGAGUCAGUCCGCGCUAACGUCGCAAUCUAUAUGAGCAUCGAGCGUGUGAAAGCGAAGAAUAAAUACAGUCGGUCGGCAACCUUUACGCAUUUAUAUACACAAAUACCUCUUAUAUGUGUGCACCUACACAUGGAGAGACGUAACAACCGCAGCAGGCAUUAAGGCUCUGGGCGCAAUUCAUUUGUGUAUGUACAUACAUAUGUAUGUAUGUAAGUGUGGCCGUUGGCAUUGAUAAUUUUUUGGCAUUAAUUUCUGUGCUCUAUGCUCCACAACAUGCAGUUGGUCAUUCGGGAUCUGUAUAUAUAUGAUAAUGAACAAUUUCGCUCAUAAAUUUUAAAAUUCGUACGGUAUUUGCAAAAUACAAAAUCGAAUUAAAAAAUGCAUAAAAGAAAGAGCUUAAGAAAAUUGAAUAUUUCGGUGAUUAAAAGCAAAAACAAUUGUAUCCAGAUGCAGAAAUUCCGAAAUUAUCUCAAACGGGAAUUAUACUUUAGCAGCAACACCAAAUUUGAAAUGGAUGAAACGAAGCACCUACUCAAUCCUACUUCAAUUAGUGUCAAUUGGCGACGGCGCCGGCGACUCAAAUACAACAAAAUUGGCAACGCAAUAACUUUAAAUUAUGUUACUACAAAAAAACUUAACAUAAUCAAUAAAUUAUUGCUAAUAACUAUUAUUUUUCUCGUAACAACGAUAACCAUUUGCCAAAGUACGGUCAUUGGUGUAAAUAAAACAACCCCAACUUCAUCUUCAUUGGAAGGCACCGCUGCCAGCCGUUCUAGCUUACCACUCAGUAAGCUUUUGCAUUCUAGUGGCUCAUACAAUAUGCCGACACAACAACAACACCGGCAGCAAUUGUUUGCGACCGGGGCUAGAGACAACCCGUCUGAUGUGGCGACCAAAUUAAUGCGUGAACACUUUCUUAAUUUUCACGGAUAUGACGAUAACACUAAAGACCAAGCCGAUCUAUCUAUCGCGCGUGUACCAGUAAGCACCGCCUCCCUGGAAACCACCGGAUUUGUAGCAGAUGAUGGAGGGCAAUAUGAGCAGGCCGAGAUAGCUCUUUCAGCUGCGGCUGCUGCUACCGCUGCAAACUCUUCAACAAAAAAUAGCUGUCCCAAAGAGUGCAAAUGUCUGAAUGUUUUAUUCGUUUGCGACAAAGUGCACUUGGAGCGUGUGCCUAUCUUGCCCAUUUAUGUGCAAACACUCCACCUCACGGGCAACAAGCUGAACGACAGUUCUGUACUGGAUAUAAGUAAUCUGCCUGAAUUGCACAAGCUCAUGUUAAAGCGCAACCAACUCGAUGUUAUACCAAAAUUUGUUGGCCUCGUAGAACUUAAGCAACUAAAUCUGGCCAAUAAUCGUAUACAACGUAUUUCUAGAGAAGCGCUGGCCGCUUUGCCUAAGCUUAAGAACUUGGAUCUGUCCAAAAAUCAGCUCCAUAGUGUGGAGGCCAAUUGUUUUGUAACACCAAAUCGGCUGGCACAUUUGAUCCUUAACUCAAAUGAGAUUGCGCGUGUGGAUGAAAAUGCAUUCAGUUCUUUGACUGAAAUGACAGACUUGGAGCUAAACAAUAAUCACUUGUACACUUUACCAGUUGGUGUGUUUAAGAAUCUUAGCAGAUUAAGAAAGCUAGGACUGAACAACAACUACUUGCAAAUUCAUUGGUCCACAUUUCGUGGGCUCUUGUCACUGCAAAAACUCCAAUUACGGUCCAACAACAUUAGUGCAUUGCCAGAUGGCGUCUUCCAUGUAAUGCGUAAUAUUGAGCGGAUCGAACUAGACCACAAUGGCAUUAGUUCACUCUCGCGUCAGGGCCUUUUCAAUUUGACGAAGUUGACUUACCUUAGCCUGUCGAACAAUUCGAUAUCGCGAAUAGAAAUGGACACCUGGGAGUUUACACAAUCACUUGAGGUGCUUGAUCUCUCACACAACAACAUAAGCGAAUUUAAGCCGCAACAUUUGGACUGCCUUCAGCGCCUGAAGCAGCUUAAUCUGGCCCACAACAAACUGCAAUUUUUGCAGGACAGCACCUUCGAUUGUGUGAAGAGCCUUGAGGACCUCAACUUACGACGUAAUGGAUUGGCAUGGAUUAUCGAGGAUCAGACAGCGCCGCCGCCGUUCAAGUCGCUGCGAAUGUUGCGAAAACUCGACUUGUAUGGAAACAAUCUCAAGCAAAUUAGCAGCAAAGCUUUGAGCGGUCUGACCAACUUGGAGUUGCUAAAUCUAGGGGGCAAUGCCCUGGCCUCUAUUCAACCGAACGCCUUUGAGCACAUGCUUCGUCUCCAGAAACUGAUCUUCAAGUCACUAAAUUUCAUUUGUGAUUGCGACCUGCUUUGGUUUCGAGACUGGCUUAAAAGUCACUUCCCCGAGCAGUCGCAGCAGUUGCAGUCGCACGUGGUGUGUGGCUACCCGGAACAAUUACAAGACCGGGAAUUGCAGACGCUGACUAAUGCAGAUCUUGUAUGUGGCGAAUCUCCAAAGCCAGUUAUGAAGCAGGAGCUUAGCAACAUAUUAGCAGUUAAAGGAGCAAAUAUUACCCUUGAAUGCAUUGCCAAUUCACCCGUCGCUGCAUCAAUGGCUGCCGCGGACGAGCUUAAGAUUAAAUGGCGGCAUGAUAAUCACCACAUACAUGAGUCUGCCCUUGGGCAAAAGAGCAGCAGCACAGAAACACAGAUUCACCAUGAUCAAGCGACCAAUCAGACUACUAUCUAUGGCUAUUUGCGCCUUACCAACGUUAGUUAUGAAAGCGCUGGGCGUUAUCAAUGUGUUGCCUCAAACGCCUUUGGCACGACAUAUGCGCAAAAAUAUAAGAUAUCCAUUGGAAUACAUCCUAGCUUUCUGCAAAUACCGUCAAACUUAACCAUCGAUGCUAGCCAGACUGCACGUCUAGUUUGCUCGGCCACCGGCGACCCCAUGCCCGAGAUAGCGCUACAAAAGUUUGGAGCCAGUGACUUUCCUGCCGCUACAGAACGUCGUCUUCAAGUCUUACGCGAGGAAAAUGCCUUUCUAAUUACGAAUGCCAAGCCUAGCGAUUCGGGUAUAUAUACAUGCACUGCUGAAAGUCCAGCCGGAGAGAUCAAGGUGAACGCAACGCUCGUAGUCAACGAUAAACCCCAACCCAACAUACCGCUUGUACGCAAGGAAGUCGUUCUUGGUCAGACCUGUGUCCUGGAGUGUCUUAUAGAUACGGCGAAUGCGGAACUAGAGCAUCCCCACCGGGAAUGGUACAAGGAAAACAAGCCGUUUCAUAUUUCGCUUAUUACACACGACGCAGAGCGUUACUAUUUCGCUGGCAAUAAAGAGCUCCUAGUGAUCAUAAAUGCACAGUCCAACGAUGCGGGACAUUAUCGAUGCGAGAUAACCGAUAAGUCACGGACUCUAACGCUUCAUACGCACUUGUUAGUUGUGAAAGAAAGUCUUAGUCAGCCCGUCAUACUAGUCGGCGUUGUUCUUUUGACGGUAGCUUGUGUUGUCGUCGGUUCCUGCAUCAUUUGGUGCACCUUACGGUACCAGAAGCGCAAACUCCAACAUAAACUCAUCACAGAGAGGCUGACUGCUCGUUUCAAUGCCAGCCACAAUAUGCUAAGUGGCAGCCGUGCCAGCGCCCUUGAUCAGACACAGUCAACGACAUUAAAUCGGACUCAGUUACGUCCACACCAGUCGCAGAUUGUUUUGGAAGGUGUGCCUAUACAAGAGCAGCGGCGUCCACGAAGCCUAACAGAUUUGUCCAACGAUAGAACAACACGCAGUCGACUUAUAGUCACAACAACACCAUCAUAUGAGCAACGUUGUAUGGAGCAGAGAUUAAAUCUCAAUUACAUGCGCCAAGGUGACUUUACCGAACAACAGGAUCAUCUGUCAAGCAAGGACUCUGGCACCGGUUCAGAUGCUGCAGUAAAGCGAAGUCUUGAUGAUUUUUCUUCAGUCCUAAUGCAUGCUCCAACUUUUAAUUUAUCGAAGCCCUGUAAGUACAAAAACUGCGAAGAUGGCAAAGUUGAUGAUGAUGGAAAUGAAGAUGAUAACGAGCUGCAGAUUGGACAAACGCGUACACUAGGUGUCUCUGUGUACGACGACAUGGAGCUUUAUGACCUUAAUUGCGCUGCUGAGCAGCAAAGUUUUUUACAACGUAACAGCCAAUGUAGCGGGGACAGAGGGGCGGUCGUCAAUAUUGAACCUGUGCUGCCACAUAAAUGCAGUGGCAAUAACUACAGCAAAGUUAAAAAAUCUGCCACUGUGGACAUUUAAAUGAAUACAGGAACGGUUACCAAAAGGUUAUCCAAAUUAAGCACCCACACCAAAAAGCGAUCGCCUCAGCAGCACCCAAAAAAAAAAAAAAAAAAUUAAUAUAAAUAAAAGCAAAGACUGUUACCUUGUAAUUAUAAAGUUGUACAUGCCUAUUCACAUCCGUUUUUACAUGCUAUCACAACAAAAAAUGCGGAAUGGAUCGCCAACAAGAACAUACCAGUGUCUUCGUAAUUUAUAAAAUUAAAUGAUUUAUUAUUAAUUCUACUCAUUUAAUUCUAUUUUUAUACCGCUUGUGAUAUUAUUUAUUUCCUUUUGUCGAGAUUUAAGAGUAGGAUACUAUCUACUAUAAGUUGAACGAUUUGACUUUAAUUAUCUAUGUUUCCAUGACGUAGAUUAGUUCUCAAAUUUAUGGUUUUUCAAUAUUUUUAUAAAAUGUAUUCAAGGUUUC